AUGGAUUCAACUACCCAUUUGGUAGAUGCCAAUCCGUCACCAUACAAAGAGUUAUUGCACCCAUUAGAGAGAGUUGCAACCCCGCCACUCGACCUUGAGUGCAACUCAUCUAGCACACCCAAUCCUGAUUAUGAUUCAAAAGACACAUCACCACAGAACUCUAAAAGGUCUUCGCCAGUGCGCCCAAAACCAUCUCCACUUCAAGAGAUCCACACAAUAGCCAAAGGCGAUGCUUAUAUCAAUGAAGAAGAUUAUGCAAAGGCCGUGGAAAACAUGCAAAGCUCAGAUAUAAAAGACCUGGAUACAAUCGAAGCCAUGGCGAAGCGCGCGUUGAAAUAUCACGACCAAGGAGAAUAUAAAAAGGCGGAAGAAAUCGAAACCGAAGUAAUAGACCUCAAACGAGAAGUAUUCGGCGACGACCACCCUACCACUGUGGUUGCUAUGAGGAACCUUGCUGCAACACAUUUCAUGCAGGGAAAGUAUGUCGAGGCAGAAGAUCUUGGUAUGGAGGUGAUUACUAUCGGGCGAAGGGUAAUGGGCCUUGAGCAUCCGGAAAUUAUUAUUGCCAUGACAAAUUUGGGCGCUGUGUUCUGCGCACAAAGAAACUAUGAUGCAGCCGCGGACGUAGGCCAAGAAGUGGUCUCCCUAGGACGCAGUUACCUUGGUGUUAACCACCCAGAUACUAUCAUGGCAAUGACAAAUCUCUCCUUGGUAUACUUCCAACAAGGGCGAUAUAAUGAGGCCGGAAACAUUGGCGUUGAAGCUGUCUAUCGUGGACGGGAGAUCCUGGGAGAUCGCCACCCACAAACAAUCAAGGCAAUGGGAAAUCUCGCUGCGACAUAUUACGAACAAGGUCGGCUUGAAGACGCGGAAAUGACAGGCGUUGAAGCUGUCACCUUGGCCGGCUAUGUUCUUGGCGAAGACCAUACCCAUACCAUUCUUGCCAUGUUAACCCUGACCAAGAUAUACUGUGCGCAACAAAAGUAUGGGGAGGCCGAGCAAAUUCAAACCAAAGUGGUCAAUAUUCGGUGUGAUACUUUGGGAGAAGAUCAUCCGGAUACUAUCGCAGCCAAGAAUAUCCUCGCGGCGACACAAGCAAAGCAAGAAGACGCAGUGAAACCAAAGCGGUUCUCAUGGAAGUGGGCUCGCCAUAGGCGACAGCAGACAUGGGUACAUAUUAUGCGCGUUUGA